AACCGCACACUCGCCGAAAUGACUACGCGAGCGUUCAUCCUACUCCUCGUGUUCGCGUAUCAAACUCUCGCGAAACCAUUGGAGGUGCUACAGAAUCCGCAGCCGUUGAAUCCUCUGCAGCAAACGGAAGUGUCUACAGUCGUUGAUAAUGAAAGAGGGCAAAGGUCACCGCAGUUCGGUUUCCUGGACGGGGAUUUCUCAGAUCCCGAUUCGGAUUUCGUCGAGGAGGAACGUCAUUUCAAGCACCAUCAUCGGAAACAUCAUCACAAACCAGGCUACGGCGAAUACCCACAGUACGGCGGAUACCCCUCGCCGGUGGUUUAUCCGCAACCCGUCGCACCUGUGCAAUCGGGAGGAUCCUUCGCUACAGCUUCCGCGGGAUCCACGGGGUACGGUGGGCAGAGCCAGGCGAACGCGCAAAGUGCUACCCUUAACUUUGGCCCGUUCUCCGCGUCUUUCAGCACCGCCGAAGCCUCCGCAGGUGGAAUAAGAUAUUGAAGGUACAGAGACGUCCGACCCUUCCCGUGGAGUGAACCCAUUGUCCACCGGCGUGUAUUUAGUGGCCACGACCCGGGCCAUUGUUUACAAACAUUCUACGUCACUAGAUUUAAGUAAAUAGAAGUAGCCAGCAGUGGAAGGGACGAACCACCCUCCGGUUCCCGGAGAUUUCCUGAGGGCCGGCCGGGUCUCCUUUGUCCGGGCACCAGAUGUUCCCGCGAAUAAAACCGACAAAAUAUCGGCGACGCAGUACCCCGACCUUAGGCGCGGCGACGGCGGCGGCGCGGAGGGACCGGCGGGCCGGUGCAAGGAACGAACGGAGGGCCGGGGAUUAAACGGCACAAAGGGAAGCGAAAGGGAGAGGUGGAGGUGCGCCUCGUUGGAGAAAAAAGCGAACACCGAAAAUCGGGAUCUGGCGUGCAAUGACCGGGACCGAUCCGUGAGCGUGUGCACACACGCGAUCCCCGAUGGACGCGGACCGAUCCCGAGCCUGCAACUUUCACCGAGAGAGCCUGUUUCGUUGAAAAUAAAAAGCAAACUUAUUGGGAAA